AUGGCCAUGAGCACCUCCUUUCCCACGUCAGCCAACACAGGGGACGAGCCGAGCGGCAUCGAAUAUGAAGACUGGAAGAACACGCUCUUGCAGUGCUUGGAAGGCAUCGGAUCCUUCUACGAAAUCGCCUCCUCCUCACGAUACACUAUGUUUCCUAAUCCGGGGUUGGAAAUAGAAGGGCAUCCUGCCUUCCCGCUCCCGUUGACUUCUGCCCAUGCGCAACUGAUUAAGAAUGCAUGCAGGCCGGCCUCAUCCGGUAGGGAGGCCAACACUCCCUUCGACACCCCAGUGCAGAACAUCUGGGAGCUCAAUCGCAGACAGUUCAAGUUGCUAAACCCUGAAUGGGACGCCUUUCUCAAGGAAGUGGCUACCGAGGCCGCACACAGCCUUGGAUUGACGGAUAUUGGUCUGAUGCUUCACAAGCUGCUCCUCCACGAGAAAGGUUUUUCAUCCCAGAACUACGGAGACACCGAAGAGUCUCCUGGAAUGAUCGGCACACUGUUUAUCUGUCUGCCAUCGGAACACUUGGGUGGAGACGUCCAUAUCAGUUUCGGUCCCGACAAGCACCAUUUUAUCACGGCUCCGACCUCCAAAUACGACUUGACCGCGUUGGCGUGGUACUCGGACGUCUCGCAUAAGACCAAGGAGAUAAAAUCGGGCUAUCGCUUGGCUCUUACAUACAGCAUAUUCCAGCGCGGGUCUGAUAAGAAGUCUGCCGCGCUCGUGGGACAGCAAACCCAUAUGAUCAGAAAACAUCUGCUUGAGUGGCAGACGAGGUUCCCCGACACGGAGACGCUCAUCCGCCCUCUCGAUCACAGUUAUUCCGAGGCUGAGUUAUCAAUCAGCCACAUGAAAGGCUACGAUCGGGAUGUUUGCAGGACUCUACAUAGUGUUGCAUCCGAAUGCGGCGUCUAUCUGUUUUUCGCACACUUGAGACCUGUCAACCCUGGUCCAGGUCGACAUGGAUAUAACGUAGACGAGAGGGAUACGCACGCUAUUCAUAGAACUAUGUAUUCUCCUAACGGCAAACCGAUUGGCUUUGGGUACACGCCAAAACCUGAAGAAAUGUUGGAUCUGGAAGGUGACCUCGACAACGACGACGAAAGGAGUUUCACUGAAGAAGAGGACGUUGAGGACGCCUCCGAUUAUUACAGAACGGCUGCGUUUCUUGUCAAGAAGAAAAGCGUGCAUCGUUACAUGAGCCACAUCAGCCCAAAUAGCCCGAGCGGGUACUCGUUUGCAAACACCAAUACGGAGAACAUGGUAGAGAUGGUCGUCGAUGACAUGCGCGACUUCAUGAAGAAUCAGGAUAUGGGCGAACACGCGAGGCCCCCAAUACUCGAAGUUUUGCGAAAGGCUCUCGGCCCCAACGAGAGCUCGCGGGCACUCACUCCUGUUGUCGUAAAAUGGGCUCUCAAGUUGAAGAACAUGGGUCUUUAUCAAAGUGCAAUGAUGGCAGCAGCGAAAAGUGGCAUUGAAGAUAUCCUUGAGAGCGCAAUCAAGACAGCAUGUGGCUUCGUCGAGCAUCAUUUCGGCGACGUCCCAGGGCAUAUUGAUUGGGAUAAAUGGAUGGAAAACGUUGCACCUAUGGACACUGUUAUAGAUGUGCACGUUACCAUACAAAACUUUACCUCCGCAUUCAAGAAAGAUGCAGUCAGAGACUCAUUUUUCAAGUGGGGAGACUCCAAGUUAACUGACAAACUUGACACCCAAGCCAGCUUUGAGAUCAGUGAAUUGCCCUUCUUCAUUGUGAUCUUGGGGGGAAAGCACAGCAAAAGGGACUGGCUGAAGGCACGUUUGAUAACGGCGUUAGCCUCUAGCGGCACCCGCGAACUUCUUUAUGGUGUCCUCAAUACCGUGUUAUUCUGGCGGAGCCAUGAGGAAUGCCCUGUUGCGGAGCUGUUGUUCGAACAGGUUUUUAAUCGCAGCUUUGGGAGACUGCUGCUUCAUGGCGCAGAUUUGCGACCAAAGCCAGCCGGACCUGGUUCAUUGACAUGUGGACCACCAACUCGUUGCAUACCGCCUUGCCGGGGACCGCUUAAGGACUUUGCGAAGAUCGUGGGCCAAAUUAUGCACCUAGGGCUCGCUAGUGAAGGAAUCGAGCUGCUGGAAGCAAGUUGCGACAGUAUUCUGCGGACAAAGGCCACAUGGUGUCACAAAAAGCUUGGCGGAGACGUUACUACAGAACUCAUCGUUCCUCUCAUCAAAAUCUUCAAGGAGCACAACAUCCCAGUCACACAAGGAGCCAAGAGCUUGUUCGAGGUUGUCCUGCGCGAGGGGCUCUACGAGAACAUCCCACCGAACCCUCCGGAGCCCCGGAGAUGGGCCCAUAGAUCCCGUACGUGCUCCAAAGGCCGCGACGGGCAAGGCCCCAACUGCCGUGAUUGCGAGGCGAUGGACGCGUUUCUCAUCGCACCAGACCAGCGAGUAUGGAAGUACCAAGCGGAGAAACCGAUACACGACCACCUCAAGAGUCAGCUUCGGGCCGGCGGGGACGGCAGCGAUGGAGCACGGUAUUUCAACAUCAGCACCGAGAGAACGCAGCGGGCCCAUACCAUGGUCGUGGAGAAGACGGGCCGAGAGUUCUUGGACGAGGUGGAGUCGUGGAAAGAGAGCGUUUGGGCCCUCGAAGCUCGACUCGCGCCACUGCGGGAUGAGAUGGUGGCCGGCAUGCUGGGCUCCAGAGCCUAUCGAGAGCUCGUCCUAGUCGAAGAUCUGCGGGCGCAAAUAGUAACCUCCGGCUCUUCUAUCACGGCUGGGGUGAAGCGAGAGGUGGAUGGUUCUGCAAUCCCAGAGCUUUACAGCGUCAAAAGAGCUCGACUGUGA